AUGUCGCUCUUUUACAAGUCGCCGCUUGACAUUGAGAUUCGCCUCGAAAACGAAGAUUCUCGCCGACACGUCGAAGUGCCCAAUCUGCUGGGACGAAUUGACUCCUUGCCUGUUUACACCGAUGGCGAGUCGGUGAAAGGAACUGUGACUGUAAGAACGAAAGAAGCCAGAAAAGUCGAACAUGUGGGGAUCAAAGUUCAGCUACUUGGAAGCAUUGAGGCUCCGGCGGACCAGGGCGGACCGCUGGAGUUUUUAUCUUUGGCUACAGAAUUGGCAGCGCCGGGCCUGCUCUUACAUCCGGAAACGUUCCCGUUCGAGUUCCGGAACGUCGAGAAACAAUACGAGAGCUACCGGGGCAAAAACGUGCUGUUGAGGUACUAUGUUCGCGUGGUGGUGACACGGAAGAAUAAGGCGGAAGUGGUCCGAGAAAAGGAGCUCUGGGUUUUCCAGCGGGCGGGCCCCGUGGCAGAAACGCCCGGCGCAACAGUGAAAAUGGAUGUGGGCAUAGAACACUGUCUCCACAUUGAGUUUGAGUAUCUGAAAUCGAGAUUCUCCUUGAAGGAGGUUAUUGUGGGACGAAUCUUCUUUUUGCUUGUCCGGUUGAAGAUCAGGCACAUGGAGCUAUCGUUGAUCCGCCGCGAGACUGUGGGAGCUCCGCCCAAUCAGUUGGUUGACAGCGAAACAGUUGUGCGGUUUGAGAUAAUGGAUGGCGCUCCGGUGAAAGGUGAAAGCAUUCCGAUCCGCUUAUUUUUGGGAGGCUACAACCUUACGCCGACGUACAAAGACGUGAACAAAAAGUUUUCUACACGCACGUUCUUAUCUUUGGUGCUUAUCGACGAGGAUGCCCGCCGGUAUUUUAAACAGAGCGAGAUUAUCUUAUACCGUGACGAAUAA